GUUGUCAAUAAUAACAUUAUUUCCAGCUUGCAUUAUUCAGGCUUGUACACUGUCACGAUACCCAUAGGCAUCCCAUAUGCCUGCUGCUCCUCUACCUGCCUACCUGACCUCUGGAGCUUAUUCACGUGCGCACCAUGCUUUCCUAGUCAAGAUACAUGGCGCUGUCAGCGAUCACGAAGAAGAUGAGGUCAUCGCAGAUCAAGUCAAACAGGCAAUAGGAGUGUUGUCGACAAAGGGACAGAGUACCGUGAGCAGAAUGUGUCGCUUUCUUUUCAAGCAUCUGGCUGAACCUUUCAUAAAUCAGAGCAAGAUCGCAGAGACGCUGAUCAUUCUCCUCCACUGUCAAUCCAUACGACAUGACAUUUCGACAGACUUUGCGUUUGCCCUGUUGCCUGCGCUUGGACUUGCUGAAGCUGGCAAAACAAUCUAUGAGCGGCGCAUAGGCUACCUAUACCUCUCAGAAUGUCUUCCGAGGGGCCACGAGCUACAACUGAUGCUCAUCAAUACCAUUCGAAAGGAUUUAUCCGUCCCUUCGACAACUCAGGAGAUCCUCCUGGCUCUACAUACCAUCGUCAACCUGCCUUCGUCUGAUCUCGAACCGGCUGUCACACCCCUCUUGACGUCAAAGUCUCUACUCCGACAUGAAAACUCUGCGGUCCGAGAACGAACUAUUGAAGCCCUUCGGAUUCUUCAUCUUUCUACAACGGACUCUCUAUCCAUGUCGCGGACUAUUGGUCCGAGAUCGUUUCCACUGGACAUGAGGCGGAUCUCAAGGUUGCUCGAGCAAGAGGAUGAUCCAAAUGUCUUGAGGGCGUUGAUAGACCUCAUCAGGUAUCUCAUCAAGCUUGGAGUUCACCGAAUCAAAGACGAAACGGAGCGGAUGUUUCUAGUCGAGCAAGUUGUCGCGACGACAGCGGAUGGUACUGGACAUUUGACUGCUGUCCGAUGUCUUCGAACUAUCCUAGGAAGAUCGCCUGGAGAUGGAGCCAAGAAGCUCGUGUUUGACUGGCUGGACGAGACUCUGAGCGAGAUGCGAGUUGAAUCAGAUAAAGGCAUGUUUUUUGAGAUCUGCCGCCUUAGCGCCUCACUCGCUCCGAUCCCCAGUACCUUGAACGGCCACAUCAUACGUAUUCUGACGGAAACACUCGUGCCUUCCUCCUCGACGUCUGUGCCUCGACCCAAUGACCAUAUGUUUGUCUUGAGAUGUCUCACCGAUCUUCCCACCGCUAUGUGGGCCGAGAGCCUCGGAGAGAGCGAGAUGGGCAUCAUCAUGGAGGGUCUGAAUCAUCCAGACGCUACUGUUAGAAAACAGACCUUGCGACUUUUGUUCCGACUUUCGCCCGAGCUUACCUAUCAAAGCUUUUCCAAUCACCUUGAAGCUCUCAGGACGUCAGCCGACCUGUCAUUACCUUUGAACUAUUCGAAUGAUGAUCCAGAAGCCAAGUUGUGCGCUGCUCAGGAGGAAACGGCUCUGAGAGCGCUGGAAGCUGCCAAUGUUGUUUAUGAUCUUACAGGAGGACCACGGUUGGCCUUGGAUUGGGUAGAGUCGGUCGAAGAGGUUCUGAUCGCGCUCGAGGAGGCUCGCGACGAACCUCACCGCCGCGCUGUCUGGGAGCAAGGUGUCAGGAGUGCCCUAGACACAAUCGAGAAAAGUCCAAGCGAAUUCCAAACAGCCAUCGCGGAGCACCUUGGCCUCAUUGAACAGUCGUCUUCUACUCUCGACGUCAUUCGAUCAUCUGUUUUGGCGCAAUAUGCCCACCUAUCGGAGGACAAGACAGCGGCAGUGCUCUCGGCUCUCCUGAAGGAUAUUGACAAUGCCAAUGUGUCUGUGCAGGAAUUGCUUAUACUGGCUUGCCUCGUGUUAUGUGGCAAGCUCUCACCUGGCUCUCGCCAUGAGUCGCUCAAAAUUCUGAGCCGUGUCUUGCGGCAGAUGAGGGGGUCUAGAUACAUUCUCAAGCGAUGCAAACAGAUCUUGCGCAUCAUAGAUGAAGAUCAGAUAGAUGAAGUGGUUCUGAGCGGUGCGAACACCGUAAGCACUCUAUUUUCGCGCGAUCUAGACCUUGUUAAAAUUCUCGUAGCUCCCGGACGUUCUCCAGCGAGUUCUUGCACUCAGUGCUUCACAACCCAGACGAUCCAACGAAUCGUUGUCUGUCGCUCGGUCCCCGAGCGGUGACCUUUCACCACCGAAUUCAGGUUUACGCCGAGCCGCACUACCAGCGCAGAGUGGUUUGCGAUACGAGGCUUAUGACUU